UAAAUUGAUAUCCAUAAAAAGUUAUAGUACUCCGUAAAUAAAAAGAAAUGAAUCUGGACAGAGACUGUUUUUUUUGUUUGUAUAUGUUUUGAAUCAAUCAAUGAUUGCAAAAAAAUACCGGAGUACAAAAGAAUGGAACCCGAACCCGAAGCACCGAGUUCCCAUAAAUGAACCCUUUUCCAAUGGUCCGGAUCCCCUGUCCGCCCGCAUAUCGUACGUUAUUUUGGGUGGGAAGAUGUUUUCCAAAUCCCAAAUUCACAAAUGCCCAAAAACUUCCCUCCAAACUCCAAAAUCUCCCUCCCACCGAAUUAAACCCAUUCUGCAUCCAUCUUAUGGCACUCCUUCUCGUCCCAGAUUCGCCAUUCAUUUCUUCUUCAUCCCAUCAUCUCGAAAAGCUGCUAAGCAAUGUCGAAUCAUGAAGACCUGGAUCUCCUCCUGUCGCUCCAAGACAGGGUUUUGGAAACCCCCCCUGCUUCACCAUCGUCCCACUCUCCAGGUUACCUCUCCGAUGAUGGGUCGCCUAAGAGAGUUGGGCAGACGGACAUGUCCGUCUUCCGAGAUGCCGUUCAGGACUGUAUGGAUUACGAUGCUCAGACUGCUAAGAAGAAACUCAAAUCCAGACCCAAAUUGUCCAUGGCCUCUGGAGAUCCAGGGGUGGAAAGAUUUUCUGGUUUACGGAUUCGGGAUCAAUUAGUCUCACCCGUCGAGCUUAGCAACCGUUUGUCUGAUAUCAGAUUUGUUCGAUUACCUGCAAUAAAAAAUGUGCUCACCGGAGACAGCCUUUCGGGGUGUUGGGCAACAAUUGGAGUCCUAACUGAGAUAGGGCAGCCAAGGACUAGCUCUACUGGAAAGCCAUACGGAAUAUGGAAAAUGGGGUGCUUAGAUGAAAAGACCGUCUCAGUCUUCUUAUUUGGUGAUGCUUAUAAGAGGAAUAACAAGGAGAAGGCUGGGGCCGUGUUUGCGCUUUUCAAUUGUGGUGUCCGCAAGGAUAAUUCGGAGAAUGGCUUUUGUUUGAGUGUAUAUUCAGUAAAUAACAUCUUGAAGAUGGGCACAUCUGCUGAUUAUGGGAUUUGCAAGGGGAAAAGGAAGGACGGAGUGGCCUGCACGCAAUUGAUCAAUAAACGGAAAGGAAUGUAUUGCAGCUACCACAGACAGAAAACACUUGAGAAGUACACUGUAACUAGGAAUGAAAUUCAGGGAGGGAACCUGAGGACUGCUUUUAGGGGUGAUCUCAAGUCCGAAGGAAUAUAUGUGGUCAACCCUUUAGCGGACAUGCCAAACUCUACAAAGAUUAAAGCGCCGGUGAAAUUAUUUUCCACGGAACAAUUAAAGAAGGCCUUGAGCAAUGCAGGGAAGGUUACUACAAACACAUACUCUCAAGGAAUUCGGUUUCUCAAUAAAAUUGCAGAACAAUCAAAAAGCUCUAUUGCAAAGAAUCAACUAUCAAGCAGCAAGCCAGGUGAAAGGUUAGCUGCAAAUAAGAGAAAGAAUCCAAGUGAAGUUGGGGCAGGUCAAGAAGUGCAAAAAAAGAGACCAAAAUCGGAUGAAGGAAGAAAUAGUAGAGCGAAAGAGGAGCAAGUGAAACAGACGAAAAUGAUAGAAAUAGAGAUCUUUAGCUCCGAUGACGAUCUCUAGAGUUCCCCCGUGGCUUUGGAAGAGCAUGUGUUGUAUUCUUUUUCACUUUGUUCUAAUUGACUGCUUGCUAUACAAAGCUGAUGCCUGCCUCAACUUGGGCAAAUCUGUAGUUACAUACUGCAAUUAGAAGAAUGAUGAGGUUCUGUUAAGUGAUUCUUG